AUGCCAGAACUCGUUAGAGCCCACUCCUAUCAUCAUCCCUCUCCAAUUUUUCCUUCCCAAGAUGAAAAUUCAUCACUCUACAUGUCGUUGGAAUUAUUUGAAUAUCAUUUGGACUUGAGAAGUGCCUUCGGAACAAGUCAUUCUUCAACCACAAGAAGAAAGAAUGCUCUCAUUAGAAUUUCCAUUCAUUCUCGUGAUGAAAAAAUUAUAUUUGAUGGAUUUGGUGAAUGUGGUUUGCCUCCUAAAAAGGCAAAUUGUUAUUUGGCUGAUUUUAAUGAUAUCCAAUUUUAUUUUGAGCAAUUUUGUGAGAAUUUAAAGGUGGAAUUGCAAAAAAACGAAUUUAAUUGGAAGGAAAUGAUCGGAAAUGCUUUUAAAAAUGUUGACGAAAAAUAUUUCACACUCGUAAGAAAAUUGGCUGAUGAAAAUGCAAGUUUGAAUGGAAAAUUGCAAAGUAUUCCAUUGAUAUUGUUAAAUGGAUUGGAUCAGUAUGAAUAUCUUGAUCAGAUUGGAGAGAAACAUCCAGAAUUUGAACAUUGUGCUCAGUGUGGAAUUGAAAUGGCUAUUUUCGACUUGUGGGGAAAGAUUCUCGAUAAGCCAUUGUAUAAUUUAAUUGGGAUUGAACCUCCUGUUCAGAAAUUUGCAUUCUACACAGCUGCUCUCAAUGAAGAUAUUGGAGAAAUUGUAAAAACAGCUCGAUUUGGAUUGGAAAAGACCAGACAUUUGAAAAUGAAACUUGAUUCUGACAUUGAAAAGGGAAUUUUAAUAUUGAAAAACUUGAUUGAGACCUACGAGAAGGAUUAUAUUCAUGAAAAUUCCAAACCUCAUUGGUCAAUCGAUGCCAAUUCAGCUUGGACUCCAGAAACUUCACUCGAAUUUCUCCAACAAUUGAAAGAAAAACUUCCAAACUUUCUUCCAUACUUUUACAUGUUGGAACAACCAUUCCCAAUCCUAGUCGAAAGCUCAGAAUCAUCCAAAUGGGAACAAGUCAAACAAGCUUACGAAAAUGAGGGAAUUUUAAUUUUUGCCGAUGAAAGUGUCAAUACUUUUGAAAACAUUGCCAACAUUCAAUCUUUCAUUCAUGGAAUUAAUAUUAAAUUGGAGAAAUCUGGAGGAAUUAGAGGAGCUCUGACAGUUUCAGAGCUAGCCAAGAAACAUUACAAUUUAAAGUUGUGGUUUGGUUGCAUGGUUUCAAGUCGAUUGAGUUGUACUUGUUCUUCACAUUUAAUGAGUUUGGCAGAAAUUGGAGGAGAUUUGGAUGGUUCAUUGCUUGUUGCUGAGCAUUCUCAAGGAUUUGAAGGAGGUUUUGAUUGGAGAAACGACCAAGUUUCGAAUAGUGAAAGUAGAAUCGGAAGGAAUCAUGGAGAAAUUGUCUUGUUGGAAAAACCAGGUAUUGGAGUGGAUAUCAAGAAGGAUACUAUCAGAAAGUAAUCUUUGCUUUUGUUUAAUAUUUUUUAAAAGCAAAAUAAACAUUGUUCACACUAC